AUGAAGAAACUCAUGCAUAAGAUCAAGGGCAGUAAGAGCGGGAUCAAGAUCCAGCAGCAGGAUGUGGCCCUCCUUCCGGACAACUACGAUCAGAAUCAAGAUACUUCCAAGCAUGUCGUUGAUCUACAAGAUCCCUUACUGUCGAAAGUACAUACACCUGCACCUCCUCCAGGUCCUGGACCAAACCGCCGGGACACCGUUCCACCUGUCAGCCCCCAAGAUGAUAUCGGAACCUUUUCUGGUUUCGACACUUGGCUUUCCAGCUUCACGCCGGAUUCCCAGGAACAGAAUAUUGUCGAGAUGCCUGUGCAACAAGUGUAUAGAGAUGUUUUGGUUAUGAAAGGCAUACCACGUUUCGCUCCCGAAGAAUGCAUAACAAUAAUCCUCAACGGCGUUAAGAAAUCCAGCCACGCCCAAAAGUUUAGCGUCACGAUCCAAGGACCCUACUUCAUGACCCUCAAGCAUGUCACUCGGCUGCUUAAAGCCCACGGGUACGAGGAACCCAUCUCAGCCAAACACGCAAGCCUUGCCAUGCCGCAGUGGAACCCGGACAGAGCUCAGCCCCAAGAAUACCAGAUUUUUGCCGUCGAUAAAUCAUCUUGUUACGAUGCGGAUGCCGAGUCGGGCCUUCUGAUCAACAAAGAUGAGUCUAUCGCGGAUUUCGAGGAGAAUAUCCGGCGACUCAGGGUGCGCUGUAAAGAGGACAGGGUUGAGGUGGUAUCGUUCCCUGCUAAACUGGAUAUCACUUUUAACAGCACGUUAAGAUUACCAGAAGAUGGCAAGGUACACAACCAGCCUUCUGGCGUAGGCCAUAUCCCCGUUUCUAACAUCGCCUGGAUCUCCAAAAAGCUACAAAACUCCGGAAACGCUAGUCUGAUAGAAAUGGCGCGUAAGGGGGGAGUCUUCUUUCCACUAUAUCAGCGCGAGGCCAUGUUUCUAUCAUUCAAGGCCACAAACGACAACUUUGCUAUAAGGACCUUCGUCGGCGGUGUCAACGUGAUUUCUGGGCUACUAUGGAACUCACCGCCGUCUCAAAGACCAUCAAAGCAAGACUACAUUUCCGUGCCUACACAGAAGUUCCUCGAUGGUAUCGCGGUUGGUCAAGGAACAGUUCGACAAUUCAUUGCCAUGCCCCUUGGCUCAGGCUAUUCGGUCGAGAAGCAGGUCACAGGUAAAGAGGACGUUGGCGGCAUACAGCUAGAACUCAUCCCAGGAAACCAAUGGUAUGUCAGACCCAAGUUCGCCCAGAAUACAACACCUUAUGAGACACCUCGGAGCUUGAGCGAGGACACUGUCAUUCUAGACUGGAGGUUCCAAGAGUUGGAAGAUAGCGGAAUUCUCGACACAUCUGAGACGGCAGAGCCUUGGGUCAAGACUCAUUCUCCUGUUUACAUGCGCCACCUGUACAGAUCCCAGAUCGUGCAGUAUCAGUCCAACUAUUUGGCCUGGCAGCCUGGCAGUGAGGUGUACAUGACGGCAGUGUACAAGCUCAAUCUGUUACUCUCUUAUGAGCAAAACGGCUCCCACCGGACUAUGGGUGUUGAAUGGGCGCCUUGGUGGACACUUGAGCAAUGCAUGCAGGAGAGAUCCCAAGCAGGAGCCAAGAUCAUGGGUACGGACUUCAACGCUUGGAGUAUGAGGCUUCUGUAUCAAGGCAGGCCCCUUCAGCCUUGUUCUCUAGGCGAGCAAGCAAUAGAGGACAACUCCAUUCUUCAGGUUAUACUACUUCAGCCUUCACCGCCGGAAUAUUCACAGGGCUGGGACACAGGCGGUCGCCAAUGGCAGCAGGCGCCUUUCCCACAACAAACCUACCAGUCCUCCUCACCUUUCUCAAGUCAGGUAUCUCCUGUCCAUCCUUCCUCUGGGCAACCUGGCCCUGGGAUGCAACGGCCCCAACACUCGAGCUAUCCCACUCAGUCAGCAUCUCCUGCGUCUCCGCAGUACGGUCAUACUUCACCAAAUAUGCCCAUGUCGGAAACAUACCCUUCCCCCGGCUCGUCAAGUCCACCACAAGCUCAUCAUGUAAGUCAAUCUCCCCAAUUCGAGGGCUAUUCGUCGCCUUCUAGCACUAGCGCACCACCUCAGCAGUAUGGACGCCAGUAUUCUCCUUCAGUCGUCGUCAGCGCAGCUGAAUCGGCUUCAGCUUCUGCAGGGAGCCGGCCUGUCGCUUCCCCUGGUUACCAAUUACCAGUAGCGCCUGGUCCAGCUAUGCUAUCGAGUCCCGGGUCCGCUAGGCCUCAGGCCUUUUCUCAGAAAUUUUCUCCUGCAUUGGCCGAAACGCGACGUCGUAACUCUAGAAUGAGAGCUUCGAAUGAACAGGUUUACCAAAACCCUCCAUGUGGUAUCCCCAUGAGGUUGAGUGCAGACGAAACGUAUGAUUCAGGUCAUUCUGUAGUCGAAAUUGUGGAGGGAUCGGGGAAUCAAUCCUUAGCACCAUCCUCACCUUCUGCGCCCUCCUCGGCAACUACAUAUUCCUCGCCUCCACGAUCUGACACCGCCACGUCUUGGAGCUCGAGGCCUGCUUCAACUCAAUCUCAUCCCAAACCGACAGACCAAACAGGGUGGUCUAUGGGGAUUGCGGCCGGCUCGCGUAUUCACCAGAAAAUCAACAAAGACCCCUUCAAGUCAUCCGCGUGGUGUAAGCAUCGAACUACAAUGAUCAGCGUUCAGAUCCUUAACUCGGUAGCAUUUGAGUCUUUGACGGGUAUGCUAGCACCUCCUUCGCCUGUCACACCUGAGAUGUACAAGCAGCAAGGGCUGCCGUUCUUUGAAUCUUACGGCGAAGCUGCUAUCACCGACGGUCAGGAUAAUCUGUUGGGUGUAAAGAGCGUAGGUGAGUUGGACAGCGAGGGUGGUAACAUCCAGUUAAAUUCACGUUUAAACGGUUCUACCAAAGUGGCAUGCACUUGCUGUAGAAGGAUGCUCUGUGAUUCAAUUCUACAACCGUGUAAUCACAUAUUCUGUUCCUCCUGUGUCUUCAACUACAUGAGAUACAACAACGCAGUCUUUUGCCGCAUCUGCAACACUCGUGUGAGCAAGCUCCUUGGGUUCUCAGCGCCAAUGGCUCUUCCAGGAGAAGACCGUGUCGAUUUUAGUGAUGCCAAAAUUAUUACCAUGGAUCCUUUCAAGGGUGCUGUAGGAUUCCAAAGCAUCUACGAGUUGGAUGGGGGUAUGUACACACAGAAUUCAACGGUCAAUCAUCAAAUGGAUGGGCAGAAUCAAGGGGCUUAUGUGCAGCAGACGGUGUAUGAGCUGUCAACUUAG